AUGACUAACUGCACCACCGAUUGGAGCAACGUCACGCUCGCUACUUUCAACCAGACUCUACUCAAUGAUACCUCAUUGUGUACGAAGUGCACCUGCCCUCUCGUCCUGGACGGCGAGCAGCUGUCAUGGGUGCGAUACUACCCGAAUCUGGCGGGCAACGUCCUCUACGCAGCUCUCUUCGGCCUGUUCCUCGUGCUGCAGCUUUUCUUUGGCAUUCAGCGCAAGACGCGUGGAUACAUGAUCGGCAUGACCCUUGGAUUGAUUCUUGAAGUCUUGGGCUAUGUCGGACGCAUUCUUCUCCGCUACUCGAUGUUCGAAUUCUCGUGGUUCUUGAUGUACCUCGUUCCCCUCACCAUCGCCCCGGCUUUUAUCUCCGCCGCUAUUUAUUUGACUCUGUCGCGGAUCAUCACAAUCUACGGUGCUGAGCACGCCCGCUUCCGCCCGCAGGUCUACACCUACAUCUUCAUCACGUUCGACAUCAUCGCCCUGCUGCUGCAAGCCGUGGGUGGUGCCGUCGCCUCCAUCGCCGACGCCUACUCGUCCAUGCAGGAUCAGGGCGUGCACGUCAUGGUCGGUGGCCUUGCGUGGCAGGUGGUGUCUCUGUUCAUCUUCUCGUGCCUGGCUCUGGAUUUCUAUCUACGUGUGAACCGUGCUAGCCGCAAAGGAGUCCCGCUCAACCCGGCGUUUGACUCUCUCCGCGCCCAGCGGUCCUUCGAGCCCUGGUUCAUUGUCUCCCUGUCUCUGGCCGUCCUGUUCAUCUUUGUGCGGAGUGUGUUCCGGUGUGCUGAGCUACAGGGUGGAUUUGGCGGCGAGUUGGCCAAUGAGGAGAUCACAUUCAUGGUGCUGGAGGGAGCGAUGAUGGUGCUCGCUUGCGGGUUGUUGACAUUCUUCCAUCCCGGAUUGAUUUUGGGGGCUAGGGAGUGGGCGUUGGCUAAGUGGAGUCGCGGCGGUAAGGGGGCUUAG